UUGAAAGAAGGUCUUUGCAGUUCGCAGUCCUUGUUUAUAUAUUCCAAUCAGGGGAAAAUACAGGUAGCUAGCUGGCUCAGCGACCGACUUGGGGAAGGGAAUAUACCCAAAUCGUGUGAUACAUUUAUUUCUCGGCAAAAUUCACGCAUAGGGCAGUGCUGCAGUGUUGGAAAACGCGAUAUCACUUAGCUAACUUAGCUGGCCGGCUACGAAAAAAGCCCAUGCCGAACAUUGAAUUUACAACAGAUUGAAUGACACACCGAUACUAGUCACCGUUUCCGACAAUGAAGCAGAAUUAGGAGGUGCCUGUCCAAAUGGAUUGGAACCCGUAUCAUCGGCACAAAAACAUGGGUGUGCAUUUCUCUGUUUAAAAAAGACCCAGUUCUGAGAUGGAAUGGUGCAAGCAGCUGCGUUCAGUUUCCAUGGUCUGAAAAGAGGCGACACAAUGGAAAUAAACCCAAUAUGUACCAAGCUCUGCCAACACAAGCCCCACGACCUGAAGGACGACGUGUCUGAGAAGCAGUGCCCCGUCACCAUAAACCCACGGCACAUGAAGAAGGCCUUCAAGGUCAUGAACGAGCUACGCAGUCAGAACCUGCUGUGUGAUGUGACCAUCGUGGCAGAGGAUGUGGAGAUAGCCGCUCACAGGGUGGUGUUGGCCGCUGGGAGCCCGUACUUCCACGCCAUGUUUACAGGAGAGAUGAGCGAGAGCAGGGCCAAGCGUGUUCGGAUCAAAGAGAUGGACGGUUGGACGCUGGGGACACUCAUUGACUACGUCUAUACGGCCGAGAUCCAGGUCACCGAGGAGAACGUGCAGGUGCUGCUCCCAGCCGCAGGGCUCCUACAGCUCCAGGAUGUGAAGCAGGCCUGCUGUGAGUUCCUCAGCUCCCAACUCCACCCCACCAACUGCCUGGGCAUCCGCGCCUUCGCCGACAUGCAUGCCUGCAGCCUGCUGCUGGGCCAGGCCAACACCUUCGCAGAACAGCACUUUUCUGAGGUGGUUCAGAGUGAGGAGUUUCUGAACCUGGGCAUGGAGCAGGUGUGCAGCCUCAUCGCCAGCGACAAACUCACCAUCCCGUCCGAGGAAAAGGUGUUUGAGGCGGUGAUCGCCUGGGUAACCCACGACAAGGACGUGCGACAGGAGCACAUGGCCCGGCUGAUGGAGCACGUGCGUCUGCCCCUGCUCACCAGGGAGUACCUGGUACAGAGGGUUGAGGAGGAGACCUUGGUGAAGAACAGCAGCGCGUGUAAAGAUUACCUCAUCGAGGCCAUGAAAUACCACCUGCUGCCGGCUGACCAGCGGACCCUGAUGAAGACCGUCCGGACGAGGAUGAGAACUCCCGUCAGUCUGCCAAAGGUGAUGGUUGUGGUGGGAGGCCAGGCUCCGAAGGCCAUCCGCAGUGUGGAGUGUUACGACUUUGAAGAGGAGCGCUGGUUCCAGGCCGCAGAACUUCCGUCCAGGAGAUGCAGAGCAGGUGUGGUCUACAUGGGGGGCAUCGUCUACGCCAUCGGCGGGUUUAACGGCUCUCUGAGGGUGCGCACGGUGGACUCGUACGACCCGGCCAAGGACCAGUGGGCGUGUGUGUCCAGCAUGCAGGACCGGCGGAGCACGCUGGGGUCGGCCGUGCUGAACGGGCUUCUCUACGCCGUCGGGGGCUUCGACGGGAGCACAGGACUGUCCACUGUAGAAGCGUACAAUGCCAAGACCAACGAGUGGUUCCACAUCGUUCCCAUGAACACUCGCCGUAGCAGUGUGGGUGUUGGCGUCGUUGCUGGGAUACUGUACGCAGUGGGGGGCUAUGAUGGGGCCACCCGUCAGUGCCUCAGUACUGUGGAGGCCUACAACCCCAACACCAACGAGUGGGCCUACAUCGCCGAGAUGAGCACCCGACGCAGCGGCGCUGGUGUGGGCGUUCUGAAGGGCCUUCUCUACGCCGUCGGGGGCCACGACGGGCCCCUGGUGCGGAAGAGCUGCGAGGUGUACGACCCCGCCUCCAACGCCUGGAGACAGGUCGCCGACAUGAACAUGUGCCGGAGGAACGCCGGGGUGUGUGCCAUGAGCAAUCUGCUGUACGUGAUUGGAGGAGACGACGGAUCCUGUAACCUGGCGUCGGUGGAGUUCUACAACCCCAGCACUGACAAGUGGACUCUACUGCCCUCCUGCAUGAGCACGGGCCGGAGCUAUGCAGGCGUCACAGUCAUCGACAAGCCGCUAUGACUCGGCGCGGACCUGCUGUUGCUGUGACGAUGGGGGCUGGGCGACAAACAGCCGCUUUCAGAGUUUCGAGCGUCUCGGUGAACCUGCCUCGUCCGGAGGCAGAGGAGACCGGCCGCGCCCCUUUCUCCAGGGAGACCGGGAGGGGGCGGGGCUACAACGAUACUGAUUGCACUUAACGAGAGCACUACAUGGGAUCAACCAUUAACACACGUUCUUAACUUGUGAGGAUGACGGCGAGUAUAAACACGUUUUAAUAAUGCGGAAGGUCGGAGGUUGACGUUGCACGAGGGACCAGGCGCGACCCGGCUGGGGGUGGUUAAGUAGGUGCGGGAGCGUUGGGGAAAACUUGGGGAUUAUCCGUUCUACAGUGUUGUGUAAAAAUGGGAAAACGAGUUUCAUAAGGGUGUAAGCAUGGGGGCCGUUUCGGGGUGGAGCUGGUUUCUUGAGUCAAGAUUUUUUGCCUUUUUACAUUGAUGUUCGCUGGAGCAUCCGGAGAACUGAAAUCUACUUUGUAAUAAUGCUGUCGUACUGAAACCAAUGUCAGUUCUAAUGUCUGUCCGAAAAGUUGAGGUGUGAGUUCGCCUACAGCGAAAUGCCACUUAAUGAAGAAAAGGGAAAGGGAUGGCGAUUCCAGCACAUUUCAAAACUUGAGAUGCCAAAAUCAUUCGAGCUGUUAACUAUGUAUACGUUUGAAUUUUUUUAUAUAUUGUGUACUUACUUUCCAAUACUGGCCAUGUUUGAUGCAUUUCAUUGUUGUAUCUAAUGCGAAUGUUAUGGCAUGCGUACUAUAGCAGAUUAACACCGAUUUGCCUGGAUCCGGAGGAGAAAACUCUUAUCUGCAUGGUCAUUUAAAAAACAAAAAAUGAACAAAAAAAACGUUGAUUUAAGUGUAGCUGCUGUUUUUACUGCUUCCUGCUGUACGUGAGUGAGCCAUGGAUGUAAUGUACUAAACUGGAGCUCUUGAAAAAGACCCAACCUUCCUCCUUUUUUCCGUUGUUUUUCCCCCCUCUUUCUUUCUUGCUUGCCUCUUUACUCUUUUCCUUUGUGGACUUAUUAUGAUUAUCGUCGGUGUAAAGAGGAAUGUUGUGCAAUGAUCUAUGAACCGUUUCAUAACUUGUUUUUUAUUGUUAUUAAUGAUAAUAAAUAUGCUUCUUGGA